AUGGACGGGUUGAAAUGGCUGUCCCAGGAGUACCACGAUCUCAACGGCUCUCAUUACGACAUUCUCACAGAGACCCCGAGCCCACUCGAGUUUUCCAGACUGGUGCGCAUCGCGAGACCGGUCCUCAUCAAAGGCAUGGCGUCCAUCCUCGCGCUUUCUGCCAUCCUCCCCGUCGAUGCCGACGGCCCCGAGAAGUGGUCUCCUGAGUGGAUCUCGCAGGUCAUGGGCGACCGCCCGAUCUCCGUCGCCGUCACUCCGAACGGGUGGGGCCCUCGCGCCGACGCGGUGACUCGAGGUCCGGACGGCAGGCUGUACUUCGCGGAACCGCACACGGAGCUGAUGCCAACGCGGACGUUCCUGGACGCCCUCUCGUCAGAGUGGAACCCGCCGGAAGGGGCGCUCGACGGGAUACACUACCUCCAGUCUCAAAACGGGAACAUCUUCACCAGUCGUUAUUUUGCCAUGAGUGGCGAGGAAGACCCGUCCGAGUUCGAGCCGCUGCGAGAGCAUGUACCCAGCGAGAUUCCUUGGUGCAGCGACGCUUUGGACCGGUCCCCGGACGCGGUGAACCUGUGGAUAGGCGACGAGAAGAGCGUGACGAGCAUACACAGCGAUCCCUAUGAAAACAUCUACACUGUCGUCCGAGGAGCGAAGCACUUCACACUUCUCCCGCCCACAGAAGGCUGGUGUAUGAAGGAGCGCCGUUACCCACAUGCAACCUAUCAACGAGUUCCUGGAACGUCAAAGCUGGAGCUCGUCCCAUCUGAUCCUGCGACGGCUCUCGUGCGUUGGUCGUCUGUCGCUGACCCGACCGACACCGCUGCGCUUCCGCCGGACGCGCACCCGAUCCACAUAACAGUGCAGGCAGGCGAGACGCUGUAUCUGCCCGGGGGCUGGUGGCACUACGUUCGCCAGGAAGGCUUCACAGUGGCGGUCAACUACUGGUACGACCUGGAAAGCCGAGGGAUGUCCUGGGUAUGGCUCAAUUUCUUGAGGGGGAGGGAAGAGGAGCCUCCUUUGGGGAACGAGGUUGACGAGGCGCAGGAUGUCGAUGAGCGGUGA